AGUGAGAGGGUAGAGAGAGGGAGAGGGGGUAAAGAUAGGGAGAGAGAGAGAACAGGGAGAGAGAGAGAGAGAGAGAGAGAGAGAAUAUGAAAGAAGUGAUUUGCAGGAGAGUAAAUCACAAAAAGCGUUUGAGAGCAAGAAGCUUUCAGAAGAAUCGCGAUAUCGGCUGAUAUCUUCCUCCUCCUUUCUUCUCCUCUUCUCCUUUUCUUUUCUUCCUCCUCCUCCUCCUCCUCCUCCUCUUCCUCCUCCUCUUCCCGGCCGGACGUUGCAUGGGAUCGGGCUGAGCGCCUCGUAUCGUCCCCGCGCUCUGCUGGCCUGGCCGGUACACCGGCGGUACACCGGCGGUCCCCCACAGUCGCCACGGACUCGCGUGGGGCAAGAUGAGUUCGUACUUCGUCAAUUCGCUCUUCUCCAAGUACAAGAGCGCGGACUCGCUGCGGCCAAACUACUACGAGUGCGGCUUCGCGCAGGACCUGGCGGCGUCCACGCGGCCCACGGUGGUGUACGGCCCGGGCUCCGGAGCCUCCUUCCAGCACGGCGCGCAGAUCCAGGACUUCUACCACCACGGCGCGUCCCCGCUGCCCGCCAACCCCUACCAGCAGAGCCCGUGUGCGGUCACGUGCCACGGCGGCGAGCCCGCCAACUUCUACGGCUACGACGCGCUGCAGCGGCAGACGCUGUUUGGCGCCGCGGCCGCGCAGGACGCAGACCUCAUCCCCUACGGAGACUGCAAGCUUGGCGGCGGCGCGCCCGCGGGACUCGGCGGCGGCGGCGGCGACGACGCGGACGGCACCGAGCAGAGUCCGUCGCCCACGCAACUCUUCCCGUGGAUGAGGCCGCAAGCUGCGGGCAGGAGGCGAGGCCGGCAGACGUACAGCCGCUACCAGACGUUGGAGCUGGAGAAGGAGUUCCUGUUCAACCCCUACCUGACCAGGAAGCGGCGCAUCGAGGUGUCACACGCGCUGGCGCUGACGGAACGGCAGGUGAAGAUCUGGUUCCAGAACCGCAGGAUGAAGUGGAAGAAGGAGAACAACAAAGACAAGUUCCCCAGCAGCAAGAGUGAACAGGAGGCGGUGGAGAGGGAGAGGAGGGAGAAGGAGUUGCGGGAGGGCGGGGCAGGUGGAGGCGCAGCCGAGGUUGGAGGCGGAGCUGAGGGAGGAGGCGUGGUCGCGGUGCCGGUGGCGGGGACGGCGGCCUCGCAGGCCAACCUAAGCGACGACUGCUGCGACAAAACUCACAAGAUGUAGGAGAGCGGACGGACAAGAUGGCGGAGAUCUUCUGCUCCACCUCUCCACUUCGCUCUCCACACGUCUGGGACCACUCCAAGAUGGCCGCCACUUUGCUCUCCAAACAUCUGGGACCUCUCCAAGAUGGCCGCCCGACUCCUUCGGGGCGAACUUCUGCCGACCGAGGAAAUAACGAGAUGGACAUCGGGAAUAUGAGGGCGGGAUUCCUGGAUCCGACUAGAAAGUGUGUCUCAAAUGGAAUACUUGCAAAUAUGUACUUGACGUACUGUAAUGUGUACUUGAAGUACUGUAAUGUGUACAAAAAGUACAACAAUGUGUACUUCAAGUACCGUAAUGUGUACAAAAAGUACAACAAUGUGUACUUGAAGUACAACAAUGUGUACUUGAAGUACGGUAAUGUGUACUUAAAGAACUGAAAUACAUACUUUAAGUACAUUAUUAUGUACUUUAAUUACAGUAAUAUGUACUUAAAGUACAGUAAUAUGUACAUGCAGUACAGUAAUAUGUUCUAGAUGUACUAUAUGUACAUGAAGUACAGUCAUAUGUACUGGAAGUACAGUAAUACACACUUGGCUUACAGUACUGUGUAAUUGCAGUACAGUAAUAUGUACAUCAAGUACAGUAGUACAUACUGUAAAUCAAGUACAGUAAUAUGUAUUGGAAGUACAGUAACAUGUACAUGAAGUACCAUAUUGCGCACAUGAUGCACAUUAUUAUGUACAUGAAGUACAUUAUUGUGUACAUGAAGUACAUAAUUGUGCACAUGAAAUACAUUAUUGUGUGCAGGAAGUACAUUAUGGUGUACACGAAGCACAUUAUUGUGUACAUGAAGUGCAUUACUGUGUACAUCAAGUACAUUAUUGUGUACAUGAAGUACAUAAUUGUGUACAUGAAGUACAUUGUUGUGUACAUGAAAUACAUUAUGGUGUACAUAAAGCUCAUUAUUGUAUAAAUGAAGUACAUCAUUAUGUACAUGAGGUACAUUAUUGUGUACUUGAAGUACAUAAUUGUGUACAUAAAGUACAUUAUUGUGUACUUGAAGUACAUAAUUGUGUACAUGAAGUACAUUGCGGUGUACUUGAGGUACAGUAUUAUAUCCAUGAAGUACAGUAGUACCUCAGAAUGGGGUUGAGGUCGUGGCUCUAGGAGACACAUUUAGAUGAUGAAUAACAAAACAGCACAUUAACAACAUGCUCUUCAAAGUAAACAUUUAGAUGAUGAAUAUUGUUUAUAAAACUUUGCACUAGAAGGUAGAACAGAAAAAACUAAAGUAGUUUUUAGGCUGCUGGGAAAAUAAUUUCUUAUUUAUUGCGAGUCUGAGUUGAAGAAUGGGUUGUUUGGAAUGACAUUUUCAAGUUGAUCUGCACAUAUUUCAUAAACAUCUGCGCCCAGGAGGAAAUUUUCACCAUAUUCUAUUUUCCAAACAAUACACUGCAAGACCCCUCUCUGAAUAGAAUGGUCCCUGGAGAAGUGACUUGAAUCGUGAGUCACAUUCAAAUAUAAUAUACCUAGUAUUCAGUUUGCACAGUGUCCUUCCCAAAAACACCAUCAGCAGCUUCUUUAUAUUUUCAUGGAUACAUGUUUAGAUGUUAUUGUCCUUGGCUGGGGUCACAACUGGCUAGCUACACGCUUUUUAACGAUUUACUUCCUGAAUUCAUCCACUUCUUCUUCUUCUUCACACUCACUUCCUACACAACCGUGCUUGGAAAAAGCAAAGUUAGGUCCGUCUCGAGCUUUUGUUUUCUCACAUUCACUGUGACAUUGACUUCGCCAACUAGUGGUGGGGAGGCUCCUAACACCCUUUUGUUGGGCCUAAAGCAUAACAAUUACCAGAGAGUCAGAUCGUACAUAAAACACAAAAAACUGUGACACUUGUAUCCUGAAGUACUACUGUACACUUAGUGUACUACUGCACAAUUAGUACCUGUACUACUGUACUACUGUACACUUAGUACCAGCACUACUGUACUAUUGUACUACUGUACACUCAGUACCUGUACUACUGUACUAUUGUGUUACUAUACACUUAGUACCUGUACUAAUGUACUAUUGUGCUACUAUACACUCAGUACCUUUACUACUGUACAAUCUUACUACUGUACACUUAGUACCUGUACUACUGUACACUUAGUACCAGCACUACUGUACUAUUGUACUACUGUACACUCAGUACCUGUACUACUGUACUAUUGUGCUACAAUACACUUAGUACCUGUACUACCGUACUAUUUUACUACUGUACUACUGUACACUUAGGCACUGUACUACUGUACACUUAGUACCAGCACUACUGUACUGUUGUACACUUAGUACUAAUACUACUUUACUACUGUACUAUUGUACUACUGUACUACUAUAUACUUAGUACCACUGCUACUGUACUACUGUACACUUAGUACCAGUACUACUGUACUACUCUACCACUGUACUACUGCACUACUGUACUACUAUACACUUAGUACCAGUACUACUGUACUACUGUAUUAUUGCACUAUUGUACUAUUGUACUACUGUACACUUAGUACCAGUACUAUUGUACUAUUGUGCUACUGUAUUACUGUACACUUAGUACCAGUACUACUGUACUGGUGUACUAGUGUAAUAUUGUAUGACUGUACUACUGUACUAAUGUACACUUCGUAGCAGUACUACUUUACUACUGUACUAAUGUACUACUGUACUACUGUACUAGUGUACUACGGUACUAAUGUACACUUAGUACCAGUACUACUUUACUACUGUACUAUUGUACUACUGUAAUACUGUACUAAUGUGCACUUAGUACCAGCACUACUCUGACAGUUGUAGUUUUAACCAGGUUCCAAACCUCCUUGUGUCUAACCCAGUAGUAAACAAAGAGUCAGAAGUAUUAGAGAAUAUUUGUAGAAAAUAAUGUGAAAAUACUUUCUAAUGACAAGUAGAAAUUACUUUUUAACUUUUGACUUUUAUUGCAGACACCAACUUCCUACUCGGCUACAAAUUCCUUCUUAAAUGUAGUCGUGUUUCUCACCUUCUUUAUCAAAGUGCUGGCACUUGCAACUUUCUUUGGCCCCAUUACUUUAGCAGUCGCACGGAAUGUUUGUCUGUUUGUCUGUUUGUUGUCCACACUGUUCGGCUGUGCAAUAACUGUAAACAACACAAAAACAACACUUAUGAUUUUGAAUCAUGAUUCAGAUUCAACACGAUUCUUGCACUUAAAUUAUUUGGGAAAUAUUAAAAGUUAGUUACAAAAGCUCCCCCUGGUUGUUGAUGUUGAACCAGGGGGGCCCAAACUUUUUCCACCGAGGGCCACAGACAAAUGAAAGGAUGGAAUGGCCAUUUUGGUCAAAUUCACAAUCAAAAACAGUACAAUAAUUCAAACUAAUAAAUGUAAUUUUAGCAAAAAUUCCAUGCGAAUGCUGAAGGCGAAAUGGUAACAGCUAGCAUGCUGGCCAGAUAGCGUAAAAAAACAAAAAACAUGACCUAUAAAAAGCAAUAGCAUGCACUUAGCAUUAUUGAUAUACUAGAAGCUAUUGCUCUGAAGUCUGUACCUGAAAGAAUUGUUGACAAUGCUAACCGUUUAGCGGUAGCAUGCAUUAAGUACCAUAAUAUGACCAAGAUGUAGACCUACAAAAUUAUCUAAAAAGUCUAGUUUACGAAUGUUAGCAUGCUAAAAGUAACAUUCAUCACCUAACACAUUUUUUUGGCACAAAAAUGUAUACCUGUAAAAUGUGCCCGAAAAAGCUACUAUGCUAAUGUUAGCAUGCUAACAGUUUCAUUCGACAACUGAUAAGCUUUUUGGCCGGAUGGUGUAUACACCUGUAAAAUUAGCAAAACAGAGCUAGCAUGCUAACAGUUUAAUUUGUCUAUUGACAAAAUAUUUAGCACUAAGGUGUAUACAUGUAAAAUUAGCAAAACAAGGCUAGCAUUCUAACAGUUUCAUUUGUCAUUUAACAAAAAAUUUAGCACAGAGGUGUGUACCUGUAAAAUUUACAGUAAAAAGCUAGUUUUCUAACAUUAGCAUGCUUACAGUUCCAUUUGUCAACUAACAAAAUAUUUAGCGUUUAGUAAAACAUUUAACCAGUAAAAUUAGCAAAACAAAAAACAAAAAAACUUUGCAGGCUAAUCUUAGCAUGCUAACAGUAUCCUUCAACAACUAACAAAUUAUCUGACGCUGAGGUGUAUGCCUCUAAAAUUACCAAAACAAAGCUAGCAAGCUAACAGUUACAUUUGUCAACUAAAUAAAUAUUUAGCACCGAGGUGUAUACCUGUAAAAUCAACAACGAAAAAAAGCUAAAAUGCUACUGUUAGCGUGCUAACAGUUUAAUUUGUCAACUAACAAAAUAUCUGGCGCUAAGGUGUAUACCUACAAGAUUAGCGAUAAAAAAGCUAGGAUGCUACUGUUAGCAUGUUAACAGUAUCAUUCAACAACUAACAACAUAUUUAGCGCUGAGGUGUAUACCUGUAAAAUUAGCAAAACAAAGCUAGCAUUCUAACAGUUUAAUUAGUCAAAUAACCAAGCAUUUUAGCACUUACGUGUGUACCUGUAAAAUUUGCAGAAAAAAGCUAGUAUUCUAACCUCAGCAUGCUAACAGUUUCAUAUGUCAACUAACAAAAUAUUCAGCAUUGAGGUGUAUACCUGUCAAAUUAGCAAUAAAAAAAAACAUACCAUGCUAAUCUAAGCAUGCAAACAAUAUCAUUCAACAACUAACAAAAUAUCUGGCGCUGAGGUGUAUACCCGUAAAAUUGGCAAAACAAAGCUAGCAAGCUAACAGUUUCAUUGGUCAAUUAUCAAAAUAUUUAGCAAUGUGGUGUAGACAUGUAAAUUUUGCACAAAAAAAAAAUAGCAAGUUACUGUUAGCAUGCUAACAGUUUCAUUUGUCAACUAACAAAAUAUCAGGUGCUGAGGUGUAUACCUAUAAAAUUUGUGGAGAAAAGGUUAGCAUGCUAACAGUAUCAUUCAACAACUAACAACAUAUUUAGUGCUAAGGUGUAUACCUGUAAGAUUAGCAAAUGAAGCCAGCAUGCUAAUGUUAGCAUGCAAAUGAUCGUGCCACGUGCCAUUAAAAAAAAUAGCUAGGGGCCACAAAUUGCCUAAAAAUGUUGAGAAUGGUGGUCAAUAAGAAUCGUGAUUCCGAUGCAAACGGAUCUUGACCUUCUCUUCUUCUUUGAACGGUGAAGUAAGUCCCUCCCCUUCCGCCGUGGAGCCAAGAUGGCGGCGGCGAAGGACCCGAGUGCUCCAAUUGAGACACAGUCGCCGAGUCUGGCGGGGGAAAAAGACGUCUGAUAGCUUCCUUUCUUUGUCGUGAAAAUAUUUCGAUAUCGUUCCGAGUUUUAUCCUUAACAAUUUGAUCUUUGGCAGCUGUAUAGUUUUUAAGUUAAAAUGAUGACGGUGCACUUUUUACUGUACUUCUCACUUCUUUGUUGUUGUUGUUGUUAUGGCGAUGAAUAUUCUUAACCACCAAGAUGACGAGUGGAGUUCCAACAACAUGAAACUGCCUAUUUAUGCCCUUUGAGUAGGUCGGCUCUCUUUUCUAAACACUUAAUGCUCGUUUGUUUCUUUGUUUUUUUGAUGGUGUUUGUUUAUGCUGUCCUCUUUUCUCUUUUGGGGUUAAAAGCAUGCGCACAGUGCAGAUGAUAAAAAAGAAAAUCCUGACAAUAAAUAUGAUUUCCACAUUGA